AUGGGCUGCAGCCCGCCAGGCUCCUCUGUCCAUGGGGUUCUCCAGGCAAGAAUGCCGGAGUGGGUUGCCAUGCCCUCCUCCAGGGGACCUUCCCGACCCAGGAUCGAACCCAACCCAGGGAUCAAACCUGAGUCUCUGUACCUCCUGCAUUGCAGGUGGAUUCUUUACCCACUGAGUCAUCAGGGGAGUGCCUUUGUCAUAUUUAUUUCUUGUCAACUUUUAGAGAAAAAAAAGAAUGAAGAAAGGAAGGAAGGAGGGAAGGCAGAGAACAGGGAGGGGGGAUUCAAGGAUGAAUGUUAG